AAGACUCGAGGCUGUAAUCACUGCCAAAGAUAACAAUGAUGCUAGUUUACCACCCUGCAUGGAUGAGAAUGAGCCAAGUGUCUCAGAUGACUCCAUCACCAUGGGCUACAGGCUGCAGGACCUCACUGACAUCCAGGUCAUGGCUCGCAUGCAGGAGAAGAGUUUAAGACAUGACUAUUCCUCCAUCCCUGCUGCUGCCACACCAUUCUGGAGUGUUGGUACAGCCAUGCUGUCACCUUGUAAUUAUGGCUACAGUGAUCUGGAGUUCGACAAGUAUAGUCUGGAGGACACAGUCGCAUACACACCUCUUCCCAGCCAGCUGCCCCACUACCGGCUCUCCCCAUUGGGCCAGUCAUCCAGAUCCAUAGCCCAGCCUGGUCACAGCAGCCAGCUGCCGAGGCCACCACUCAAUCUAAGCUGCUUAAACUCGCAAAGAGCAUAGGUAAAAAGAGCACCUGAAUAGAAAAUUCACAUAUUGACUUUUACUUGAAAACAAAAACAAAUCGACACUACCAGUUUAACAUGAUCUGCUAUGUGUGUUUGACCGAUUGUAUAUGUGAAAUGGGAGUUGACCCAGAUGUAGGUUGUUGUUGUAGAGGAGCUGAAAAGCUACAUGCCCAACGUGGAUUUACCAUCUCCUCGCACCAGCCUCCACUCCCUACAGGCAGUCAGGAACAGCCGCAUCCUGGAGGCUAACGGCCACAAACCACCCCACCUCCCGCUUGACCCUUAUCACAGGUUCUACCAGGUCUCCACCUGGUGGGUUAGUAUUUUAUUAGGGAGAGCAUAUACCAAACCAUAAUGUCUAUACACACCAUCAUGUACAUAUAUAUUUAUAUUUCGGACUAUGACAUUUUUUAUUCUGAUAUUUUUGGGAUAUUGUUAGGUAUUACUGCACUGUUGGAGCUAGAAACUGAAGCAUUUCACUGCACCUGCGAUAACGUCUGCAAAAUAUGUGUACACCACCAAUAAAAUUUGAUUGCAUUUCAGCAAGCGUAUAGAAAUCCAUAGGAAUUGAAUUUUGUACUUGCUUUUAUUUCAUACACAUGUUUAGGCCAUAAUAUUUCCAAACUUAUGAUUACCUCCUACAGUAGGUGCGUCUUCAGUCAAGCUUGGGAGUGGUGGCCGAUCUUCAUUUGUCCCUGCCAAAACCUUGAGCUCCAGUGACCCUGCGACUGGAGCAGUAAGCCAGUCCCUGAGAGAAUUAUUUCAGGCCUCUUCCAUCAGAGGGCUGCAGAGACCCCAGUCCCUUAGCCCCGCUGGUUUGAGGAACCCCUGUCCCAGUAAGGACCUCUGUUGGAGAGUACCUGUCAAGUCAUGGUCGUGUCUAUGCCUCCCCUGAGAGAUCCACUACCCUGGCUUGGGACAGAAUGGGGCAGCCUGCCAAUGCACGUAGGCAAAACGGUGUACUCAACAUCCCUUAGUAAUCUGUAACAAACUCUCACUCAAAAUAAUUUCACUUAAUGUAUUAAAGUACAUUAAACAGUAGGUUUGAUUUCUGUGCAUUUCAAUUGAGUUGUAAUUUUCUUCUGCCGAUCAUACAGUACUGAUUUAUUUAGUAUGGCUUCACAAUCCCUUCCACUGGAACUGGACACAUCCCUCCUUUCUCAGUUAUAAAUGCAAUGUGCUGCACAAUGCUAAAUUCCAAACGACCUCCAACAAAUCAAUCUUAAUUUGAUUCAAAUGUUUUGAUUUGACACACAAAUACACAUACUUAGAACUGAUACAGUAUAUAAUUAUUAACAUAAAGUAUCACACAGGCCUCGGUCAUAAAACACCAUCCUUUUCUGCAUACUACUUUUACACUGGUUUACAUGUAAAUGUCUUCCUCAAUCACUCCAGUACCCCUGCACAUUGAAAUAAUGGUACUGCACUGACCUGUAUAUAAAACCUGUAUAUAACUGCAUUCUCGUGUUUCAUUUUUUUCUUCUCUCCAUUUCACUUGUAUUAUUUCUAUCAAAUUUUUUUCUUCUCCAUU